AUGGGUAUCAUCAACUCACCACCUCCUACCACCACUAAUGCCACCGUUUUCCGCCGUCGAUUAUCUCAAACCACCACUUUUUGUCCCACUUGUUCCUCUACGGGCAUCUUCUUCACCUUUUCUUACAAUUUUGUAGGUCACAUAAAAUCUGUAAACUUUAAGUGUCAAGCCAUCCUCAAACCCUACGAAAAAGAUGUACUACAACAUAUUGAAAUGCCGUUUGUGGAAGAGGAUCAUGCUAUUAAGAAUUAUGUUAAAUCCAUCAAGUCAAUUUUCGGUUCAGUGGAUGACGGAGUGAUAUCUCCCUCGGCUUAUGAUACAGCUUGGGUUGCACUUAUAGAAGGCGUCAAUGAACAAAGUGGUGGUCCUCAAUUCCCAUCAAGUCUAGAGUGGAUCGCAAACCAUCAACUCCUCGAUGGCUCAUGGGGCGAAUCCAUGAUAUUUUCUAUUUCUGAUAGGCUUGUCAACACGUUGGCUUGCGUGAUUGCUUUAACUACGUGGAAAGUCCAUCCAGAUAAGUGCAAAAAAGGACUAAACUUUGUGGAGGACAACAUAUACAAGCUUGGAGACCAGAAUGAAGAACACAAGACACAUGGUUUGGAAUUAGUGUUCCCUGCACUCAUUGAACUCGCGGGGAAACUAGAUCUAAAAGUGCCAAAUGAUUCACCCGUCAUAAAAGAGAUGUACAAACGACGAGAAAGGAAGCUUUUAAAGAUCCCAAAAGAAAAAGUUCACAACACCCCAACGAUCAUGAUUUAUAGCUUGGAGGGGAUGAAAGAUUUGGAAUGGGACAAGCUUCUAAAACUUCAAUCAGAAAAUGGAUCCAUUGUCUACUCUCCAUCAGCAACUGCUUUUUCAUUCAUGCAAACUAAAGAUCAAAAGUGUCUUACAUAUUUGACCAAUCUUGUUCACAAGUUCAAAGGGGGAGUUCCGCAUGUAUACCCAGUCGAAAUAUUUGAACAAAUUUGGAUGGUUGAUCGGCUGCAACGUCUUGGAAUCGCACGGUAUUUUCAGUCUGAGAUCAAGGAGUGUACUGAUUAUAUAUACAGGUAUUGGGACGGACAAGCAAUCGGGAUUACAAGAUAUUGCAAUUUGCCAGAUAUCGACGACACAUGUAUGGGAUUUCGGGUUUUAAGAACUAAUGGUUAUCAGGUUUCUCCUGAUGUGCUUCGACAUUUCGAGAAAGAUGGACAGUUUGUUUGUUAUCCUGGGCAAUCAUCAGAAGCUGUGACCGCGAUGUUCAAUCUAUAUCGAGCUUCUCAAGUGCUUUUUCCUGGAGAGAAAAUCCUAGAUGAUGCCAAGAAAUUUUCUUACAAUUUCUUGACUGAAAAACGAUCAACCAACGAGCUUCUUGAUAAAUGGCUCAUCACAAAGGACUUGCCUGGGGAGGUUGUAUACGCGCUUGAUGUGCCAUGGUACGCGAGUUUACCUCGACUCGAGGCAAGAUAUUACUUGGAACAAUAUGGAGGUGAAGACGACAUAUGGAUAGGAAAAACCCUUUACAGGAUGGAAAAUAUUAGCAAUAACCAGUAUCUCGAGAUGGCCAAAUUGGAUUACAAUCAAUGCCAAACAAUUCAUCAAUUGGAAUGGACCAAUAUCCAAAAGUGGUAUGCACAUUUAAAUAUUAAAGAGACCAUAAACACUAGACUUUUAAAUUCCUAUUAUGAGGCAGCAACAAGCAUAUUCGAGCCAGAAAGAUGCAACAAACGAGUUGCUUGGGCCAAAACGAAUGUGAUAGUAAACACCAUUACCUCAUUCUUUGCGAGACCCCAUUUAUCGAAUACUGGCAUUCAAGCGUUUGCAUAUGAAUUCACCAACACACAACACCAUGAGAAAAAUCGAAAACCAUGGGACGGGAUGAUGAACGCACUACAUGAAACCCUCAACGAGAUCUCGUUGAACACAAGGGUGGCUUAUGGCGUAGAUAUCUACCCACACCUCCAUAGCAUUUGGAAGGUGUGGUUGUUAAACUUACAAAAUGGAGUGGACAAAGUAGAAGGAGAAGCUGAACUUAUAGUUAAAACGAUAAAUCUGUGUAGCAGCCAAUGCUUAUUAGAUGAGUCAUUCUCUCAUCCUCAAUAUCAACGUCUCUCCUCCAUCAUAAAUGAUAUUUGUCACCAAAUCUCUCACAAGGGUAAUCGUACCAUAAGCUUUGAGAUCGAGUCCAAAAUGCAAGAACUUGUGCAACUCGUGCUAUGUGACUCACCCGACGAUCUUGAUACUACUUCGAAGCAGACGUUUUUAAUGGUGGCCAAAACUUUCUACUACAGAGCUUUAUUUGAUCCCGAAACUAUAAACCAACACAUUGGUAAAGUAUUGUUCGAAAAUGUAAUCUGAUAGUGAUUGUGUGAAACUUGAUUAUUUCAGAUGGAAGAUUGCCAAUGUAUCUUCGAUUUAAUUAUUGUUGAAGUAAGCUUGUAAAAUAGGAUGCAAAAUUCCUCUUCUGAUUGUCUAGACUUGUAUUAGUGAUGUUAUUUGUUACAUUGAAGACGGUUAUCUUUCUCGCAACUUCAAGUUAGCGAAAUAUAUAUUCAUUGUUUUUUUUUGGUUA